AUGUUCCGACACGUUGCUCAACGAUUAGGGUCUCGCAAUGCCACAAUUCAGCCAUGUCGCCUUCUGCGGACUCGUUGGGAACGAGGAUAUUUGAAGGAUUUGUAUCAUCGACGACAGUUGCUUGGAGCAGAUCCGGCUAUUGCACGAUCAUCAUACCCAAAUUGCUCGCAAAUCCGUCUAUCAUCGUCGGAUCCAUCAACACUCCAAUGGGCGCCGAUCAAGUCGAGCGUUGACACAAGCUCGGAAGCAUACCAAUCGAAUGCCGCCGAGAUGAAAGCACUCGUCGACGAUUUAAAGGAGAAAAUUGCCAAAAUCGAGCAAGCCGGCGGCGAAAAAGCUGUGAAAUUGCACCGAAGUCGCGGAAAAAUGCUUGCCCGCGAGAGAAUUGAUCAUCUAAUCGAUCCCGGAUCGCCAUUCCUCGAGCUCAGUCAACUAGCCGGCUACCAGAUGUACAAGAAUGAAGAAGUGCCGUCUGGUGGAAUUCUCGCCGGAAUCGGAAUUGUUUCCGGACGAGUUUGCGUUAUCGUCGCCAACGACGCCACAAUCAAAGGUGGAACUUACUAUCCAAUCACUGUUAAAAAGCAUCUCAGAGCUCAGGAGAUUGCAAGAGAGAAUAAUCUGCCAUGCAUCUACCUGGUCGAUUCCGGCGGCGCGAAUCUCCCAAGGCAAGCCGACAUCUUCGCCGACAAGGAGCAUUUCGGUCGGAUCUUCUUCAAUCAAGCAACAAUGAGUCGCGAGGGUAUCCCACAGCUCGCUGUUGUCAUGGGAAGCUGCACCGCCGGCGGUGCCUACGUUCCAGCCAUGUCCGAUCAAGCGAUUAUCGUCAAAGGGAAUGGAACCGUGUUUCUUGGAGGACCCCCAUUGGUGAAAGCCGCUACCGGCGAGGAGAUCACCGCUGAGGAGCUAGGCGGUGCUGAUUUGCACUGCUCGGAAUCGGGAGUCACUGAUUACUAUGCAGUUAACGAUGCUCACGCUCUACAUCUCGCUCGCGAGUGCAUCGCAAGUAUUCCGCCCGUCACGCAGCAUAUGAGCUUCGAUCCGAAUGCCGAUGAGCCGCUUUAUCCGGCCGAAGAGGUUUACGGAAUCGUUGGAUCCAAUUUAAAGAAGACUUAUGAUGCUCGCGAAGUGAUUGCUCGAAUUGUCGAUGGCUCGCGAUUCAGCGAAUUCAAAGAGCGCUACGGCGACACACUUGUCACGGGAUUCGCCACAAUUUACGGCCAACGCGUCGGAAUUCUCGCCAACAAUGGUGUUCUGUUCUCGGAGAGCGCGAUGAAAGGCGCCCAUUUCAUCGAGUUGUGUUGCCAACGCAAAAUUCCGUUGUUGUUCCUUCAAAACAUCACCGGCUUCAUGGUUGGACGCGACGCCGAGGCCGGUGGCAUCGCGAAGCAUGGCGCGAAGCUCGUGACGGCGGUCGCGUGCGCGAACGUCCCGAAAAUCACGGUGCUCGUUGGCGGCUCGUACGGAGCCGGAAAUUAUGGAAUGUGCGGUCGAGCUUAUAGUCCAAGAUUCCUUUUCAUGUGGCCGAACGCGAGAAUCUCGGUGAUGGGCGGUGAGCAAGCGGCCAAUGUGCUCUCAACGGUGCAGAAGCAGAAGAAGGAGCGAGAAGGAGCUCAAUGGAGCGAGGAAGAGGAUCUUGCACUUCGCAAGCCGGUUGAGGAGAAGUUUGAAAAGGAAGGCCAUCCGUAUUUUGCUUCAGCUCGACUUUGGGAUGAUGGUGUGAUUGAUCCGAAAGACACGAGAAAGGUUGUUGGUCUUGCACUUCAAUCGACCCUUCAGAAACCGAUACCUGACACGAAGUUCGGUGUAUUCCGCAUGGAUUAUCACAGCGAGAUUUUCGCGUUUGGCCAUCGCAUCGGAGCGCCGGAGAUCAAGGAGAAUCAGCUCAUUCAGGCGUUGACGAAUGAAUCGUAUUAUGAGCGCAAAGAUGUGCGCGAAAUGGAGGAGACCGGCGAGCACAAUUCGGAGCUUGUCGUCAAAGGAGAGCAGAAUAUGUCGAAAUGGCUCAAGCGUUACUUGAGAUUCCAUUUGUCGAACGCGCCCGAAGAGAUGAUCGAAGCGAUCGAUGAGCACUUGUUGUCUGAUGAGUGUUUGGCGCAGAUUGCGAGACAUCUUGGCAUUGAUCAUUUGGUUCGAACCAAAGAGCAUCCGGUUAGCGAGGAAUCGUGCGCCGAUGCUCUCCGAGCACUAGCGGGAAUUGUUGCCGAUGAGAAGGCCAAGAAUAUUGUCAUUGACUUCAUUGUACCCCAACUAAUCGAUGUCGAUUUUGCAGAUAUUUAUCCGCUCGCCGACCCUCUCGGCGUUUUGACGGACCUCUUGAAGCAGCAAGGCGUUGGCGAGAUCGAGCCGAGGGUGUUGAGAUCGGCGGGAAGUGUGAGCGCUGAGCCGGUUUACGUUGUCGGCAUCUAUGCGGACCGUCAGCGGGUUGUUGGACAGAGUGCCGGUGAGAGUCUGGCGAUCGCCACUGAUAUGGCGGCGCGUGAGGCGCUAUUGAGAUUGUGGCAAAUCACGUCGGAUCGCGUUUUGUUUUUUGGCGAUCGCGCCGCGCAGAUUCCGUUGGAGGAUUACACGAAGCCGAGCUAUCGAUUGAAGGAGAAAUGCUCACCGGGAACGAACACUAGUUUGGAGCAGCCGUCUGAAGUCGCCGACGACCCGGCGAAUAUUAUUGAGGCGGUGUUGAGAUAUCGAAAAGAGAUUGAUCCGGUUGUUGGGAAAAGCUACACGAAGAAAUUACGGCACAAAUUCUCGAGAGGCUCGUUGGCGAAACGCUCGUUUAGAUAUUUGGUGAAGCCGAAACCGUACACGAUUGCUUAA